AGCCACGCACUCCGCCAGCCGCGCGGCACACAAGUACGAGAAGGCUCGACGGGCUUUGCGCGAGUGGAAGCGUACGCGGGCGAUGGUGCGUGCGCGCGAAGAGUGGUGGAGCAAUACGCUGCGGGAAGCGCAUCACGAGUACGCCACCGCACUAUCGGCGCUACACGACCGAGUCGCGCGCCUCGAGGUUCUUUUGCUGGAGACUCAGAAGAAGGCUGGUCUGCCGGUGAUGUUACCGCACGAGCCGUCUGCGCGACGAGAGACGCCGCCGCUGCCCAGGAAACCUGACCCCGAUCCCUUGCUAAUUAAUGAUCCAUGGAGUUCUGAUAGUGACCUAUCAGAUUUGUCGCCAAUCGAAGACGAAUACGCGAAAGUCGAUAAGUCGGAUAAAAGACAACGAGAGGCUCCCGACAUUGGUGACGUGACAGCUUCGACUGAACCGCAACCAGAUACCACACCUGUCACAAGUACCGCCAACGUAGACGUGACGUCACCUGCUGUCACCGCCGCUGUCGUUGUGACGUCACAAGUGUUCACCAAUGCGCAGUCCACCUACACAGAUACAAUGAGUAGCGUGAAGUCCGGCGUGUCGAGCGCGGGCAGCGUGACGUCGGAGGCGGGGGUGUCACGCGAACUGGACGCGGCCGUGCCCCGCUGCGGGCUGCUGGACACGUCCGUGCACCGCGCGCGCACCGACCUGGCGCGACACCGGCACCACGCGCCGCACUCCGCGCACUCGCCGCACUCGCUCAGCAACGCCAGCUCGUACGACGGGCUAGACGACUCAUACAACGAUUCUGCGGACGAGUCGCUCAGCGAGAGCACAUCGGGUGCGCCGCCGCAUAACUCUCAGUUAUCCCGUGAAACCAGACAGAGCUGCGGUAGUUCUGUCGGCAGCGCCACCGAUGACGCGGUCUACUCCAGGGACCACAGACAUCAUCAGCUCUCCGGGCCGGCCGCGUCGCUCGCCGAGCAACUGAAGCACGUACUGGCGGAGCGAGAGCGGCGCCUGGCGACCUCCUCCCCGCCCGACCCCGUGCGACUGACGCACGACCUGGUGGACGAGAUACGACAGGCCGUCAGCGAGGCCAACGCGAGAGUGAAGCGUGCCCCGAGCUGUGUGGUGGGGGGCGAAGUCCCGUGGGAGCCGCUGUCGGCCGCUCCCAGCGAGGUCAGUCUGUCGCCGCCGCACGCGCCGCCCGUCACGCUCUGGACCAAGCAACAGGUGUGGCAAUGGGUAUCGAGUCUAAGUGAGGGCCUGGACCGUCACGCGGGCGCAUUCGCAGCCCGCGGUGUGGACGGAGCGCUCCUGCUGACGGUGGCCUCCUCGGACCUCAAGCUGUUGGGGCUGAACGGAGAUGAGCGGCGCCGCAUGAAGCGCCGGCUCAAGGAGCUGCGUGCCGCCCACGAGAAACACCUCAAGGCUAUCAAAAAGGCUGAAAAGAAAGCCAAAAAGAAGUAAGAAUUAUCACAAGAAGCGCAGAGAUGGUUCGAAUGUUUGCGCCCGAUCAAAAUGGAAUGAUAUACGCGCGGUUCAUAGCGCAACGAUAAGACUUAUUCUCAGUACGAUGUUUCGCUCUUUUUUUAAUAUUAAGUACUUCAUUCUCACACUACUUCACUCAAUAACUCUUUUUUUAUCACUUUGACAUGUUAAAUAGAACCAUCCCAUUUUGAUUGCGCGGAAUAGAGAUUGUAGGUGCAGAUGUCACUCCGCUUCAAGUUUGUCUUUUAUCAUUGGUAAUGGAAUACCUUGAAAAGGGGUUAAUGAUUAAUCACCCAAUUAAUUAUUUUAUUAAACUAACUUUCAAAUUGCUUAUAAAUUAGGUUUGAUAUUGCAAACAGUGUAUGAAUUUUGAAAAGUUUAUUUAUAACCGAAAACAUUGACGCAAAAUGAGUACAAAAUAUAAUUGAAAAUUAAUCAUUAAAAACGAGCAAUAGAAUUUGAAAUUUUAAUGAACAUUACUAACAUGUAAAGUAAUGGUAAUGGGUUUCUGGUAAAUGGAGUAAUAAACAUAAAUUAUUGGAGGUAAUGAAAUAUUGUUUAAAAUGCGUCCUCUAGAAAGAAAGAUAAUCUCAUACAGCAUUUCGGUGGCAUUGUUGUGCAUGAAUUUGUCCUUCAAAAAGUUGGAAUUAGACUUUUCAACUAACACCUAACAUAUAACGAAAAACAUUCAGUUGGGAGCAUCAACAAACUUGAAGCGGUAAAAUGAUAUAAAACAUUAAUUCCAUCACUAAAUAUUAUGGUUAUAGGAGCUUAUUGUUAGUCAAUACAUUAGGUACUUUACGAAUACUCGGAAGCAAUGCGUUUGGUAUUUUGAUGUGAUUGGUGUAAUCUGUAAUGUUCCACACGUGUCACAAUGUGUGCUCGCAGGCUAUGAGAAAUUCAUUUGUAAAUGCAACACAAUGCAAUAUUUGGAGGAAAUGCAACUAUUGUUUAUUGAUUGUUCAAUGUCAGAUCAGAGAGAAUGUGGGGUAAUUAUUAUAAUAAUAUUAUUGUGUCAAAUAUGAUAUUUACCCUUGAUAUUCGUUUUUAUAUUGCUAAAUGUCAAUAUGUUAGUCAUAUACGUUCAGAUGGUGGUUAAAAUUGGCUAGUUAAUACGGAGUGCCAUCCGACUAGCUCAUAGUUAUUAGAGAAAUUGGACUCGCGUGAACGUUUAGACGAAUAACAGUUGAAUAAGGCGUAUCCCGAUUGAAUUGGAUCCGCUUUCUGGAGCGUUAGUCAAAGUCGGAACCGACAAGUAUUAACUGUCUCGCUCACUCUCGAUACUCUUGCACUACGAUAGCAUUAUGGUGAUUGUUUGCUUGCAACGUUGAGUCAAUCCCUAGAAUACGGGCCGUAAUAAUAUUACCAAAGCAACAUAAACAUAAUAAUUAUAAUAUAAAUAAAGAAAUACCUAAUAUAUUUUGAGUACUGAACUUCUUCGUUGUUCCUACAUUUUGUAUUUGUUGUGUCAGUUUCUGUACAAUGGUGUGAUUCGGAUUGCGUGAAAGAUACUGGCUCAAUCUAGUCAUAAGAUCAACUUGUAAGAUUAACGCCAAUUAAUUAAUAUCAUCUCUCUGUAUUUAAUCUAAUGGUGAUUUUCAAAUGUUUAGAGUUAUUUAUUCUAUUGCUAUAAAUGUAUGUGUGAUUAAUGGCGCUAUACUUAGUCUUGCCGAAGAUAGGCGUAUGUAUUUUGUAACGGCAUUUAUGUAUUGUAUUGCACAAAAUGUACUUAGUGAACGAUUUAAUUGGAUAAUGUCUUAGAUUUACAUGUGUAAUUUGUGUACGAAUAGCAAAUCAACAUUUAAUAUUGUGAUCUCAUGAAGUAUAACGAAUUAUUGCCAUCGUCACACACAAGAUAGCCAUAGAUCGACCGAUACUGUCUCCCCCGGGUGUCAGUCAACGGAACAGAUUAUUGUAACAUUCCAGUCUUUCUCUAUAUAUUAGCUAAAUGUAGACUCUUUGUAGCUAGACUACCCGUCUCGGGUGACAUACCAUUGAACAGUAUUUUCUUUCUUUUUAGCUCUAUUUAAUCUUGUCUACUAUAAACUAUAAAUAAAUCUUUGUAGACUAGCUUCAAAGAGUAGAUUUAUUAACUUAUUUGGUGUGAUUUUAUUGAUUGGACAGCUUUACAGUUUGUUCUAGGCGAAAUUAGAGUAGGUAUGUCUUGAUUAUAAUUGUGUUAAUGUCGAGUGUCUGUUAGGUUACAAUAUUAUAUGUGUAAAUACAAGUCUCAAAUGGACUGAACUUUUGUGUUGGCUUAGUGUAUAUUAUAAACAUUAUUGGUUAAGAUUAAUAAGAGUAUGUAAACACGAUUACUUGACCUUGAAACCAUUAACAAUUGCCAAAUUAUGUACUAUUUUUUUUUUAUUAAUGUUAUUGUUUUCUUUUCUUAUUAUAAUUUCAUUAAAUUAUUUAAUAUUUAUUUUGGGACCAAAUUAAUUUAUUACAUACUUACAAUUUAUUUAUUAUAUGUAUUUGGGUGUGUUCAGAUAAAAUAAUUUUUAUUUAUUAAAUAAAGAAACCAAAGUUGAAAUCAA